CCAAACCUCAAGAAGACUAAGAAAGUAAGCAAGCAAGCAAGCAAGCUGAACUCUGUCUGAACUCACCUGAAUCCAGAACCAGGCACGAUGUCUGCCGCACCCAAAUCCCCCUUGAGGACGAGAUCCAGAUCCAGGAAAAGAGGGGCCGUAGUGUCCAACCUGAUCCUGAAUGCCCUGGAGUACGGAGGCCCGGGUGGCAUCACCCUGGUGGGCCUGAAGAGGGUCCUGAAGGCCAACGGCUACGACGUGGUCCGGAACAGAACCAACAUCCGCCUCGCCCUACUGAGACUGCAGUCCAGAAAGUACAUCGUCCGCACCAGGGCCCCGGCGGGCCGCGGCUCCUUCAGGCUCAACCGCAUCCGUGGCGGCAGCUAUCGAAGGAGGAGGCGCAGGAGGAGGUUCGGCAGGCGCAGGAGGAGACGCAGAGGCAGGAGGAGGCGCAGGAGAACCAGGCGGCGCCGCAUGCGCAGAAGGCGCAGGAGGGUCACCCCCCGCAGGAGGAGGAGGAGAAGGAGAAGGAGAUCCGUGAGGAGAAGGAGGAGAUCCGUCAGGAGACGGAGGAGGAGAUCCGUCAGGCGCAGGAGGAGAAGGCAGCCCAGGCGCCGCAGGAUGAGGAGAGUCAGGAGGCGCAGGAGGGCCAGGUCCAUCCGCAGGGUCCGCAGGAGGAGAAGGAGAAGAAGGAUGAGCAGAUACUAGAGACUUUCCAUUCUGCCAUAUUUAACCUGCUAUAUUCUCUACACCUCUACUACUAUGCUGUUCUUCUCUCCAUGAACUUUGUUUCACUUUACAACCAUGCCUCUAU